GAAAAUGAGACAUAAUUCAUUAAAUACCCAAAUUGGAAUACAAUGGGGCAGAGUACGGGGAAAUAAAUAACAAACGACAGUUUUCUACCACAAAAUGGCAGGAUUCAAUAAAUUAGCUAAAGUAACACCAAAUAUCAAUUUCAUCACUACCCUCUGCAGCUGAUUCUCUUUGUUUUCAAAUUAUAGUGUGUUCUUCCUCCAUUUUCUUUCUUCUCAGUUCUCAACAUAAGAGAGCAAUGUCCAACAAUGUUGGCGCCAAGGACUACCACGACCCGCCUGCAGUCCCCUUGAUCGACGCCAAGGAGUUCAGCCAGUGGUCAUUUUACAGGGCCAUCAUCGCCGAGUUCGUCGCCACGCUUUUGUUCUUGUACAUCAUUGUUCUCACUGUCACUGGCCACGCCAGCCGGACCGACCCGGCCAAUGGCGGACAGCCGUGCGCCGGCGUCGGCAUUUUGGGCAUUUCCUGGGCAGUUGGCGGCAUGAUCUUCGUCCUCGUUUACUGUACCGCUGGUAUUUCUGGAGGGCACAUUAAUCCGGCGGUGACGUUCGGGCUGUUUCUGGCUCGAAAGAUCUCUCUGGCGAGAGCUGUGUUGUACAUGGGGGUACAAUGUUUGGGGGCCAUUUGGGGGUGUGCGUUGGCGAAAUCAUUUCAGAAGGCUUAUUACGAUCGCUACGGCGGCGGAACCAACGUUCUCGCCGAUGGAUACAGCGCCGGCACCGGCUUAGCCGCAGAGAUCAUCGGAACUUUUGUUCUGGUUUACACUGUCUUCUCUGCCACCGAUCCCAAGAGGAACGCUAGAGAUUCUCACGUUCCUGUUUUGGCGCCACUCCCAAUUGGGUUCGCGGUGUUUAUGGUUCAUUUGGCCACCAUUCCGAUCACCGGCACCGGCAUAAACCCAGCUCGAAGCUUAGGAGCUGCUGUGAUCUUUAACAAAGCCAAGGCCUGGAAUGAUCAUUGGAUCUUCUGGGUUGGCCCCUUCGUCGGUGCUACCAUUGCUGCAAUUUAUCACCAAAUCAUAAUGAGGGCAGGUGCAGUUAAAGCUCUGGCAUCGUUCAGAAGUUCCUCCGCCGUAUAAAUCUUAUCCAAAUCUCCAUUAAUGUCGUGAGUUUGGAAAGAGGAAAAAUGUGACUUUUCUUCCACCAAAUUCCAAAGCCACUUGUUUGGUCGGUGAACUCUUCCCAAUUGCUCUGUUUCUCCGUUCCUUUUGCUUUUCCUCUGUUUUUCGCUACCAAUUCUGAACUCAUCGCUCUGUAAUUUUAACGCAAACUUGUUCUAAUCAAAAGUUAUAUUUGCUCUUAAUGAUAAUUAUGCCAUUCAUAUCAA